AUGGCCCAGCGGUCCCCCGUGCCCGUGGCCGGGCAGGAUGGGAUGGGAUGGGAUGUCCGCGGCGAGGCGAGGCGAGGCCGCCCAGCGCUGCCGCCCAGCGCCCGCAGCGCUGCCCCGGCCCCGGACGGGCUCCCCCGGGGGGGGGGGGGGGGCGGGUCGGGCGGCUCCGCUCGGCUGCCGGAGCUCACCAGACGCUCUCCUCCGCAGGCUCUGGGCUCGCCCUGCCCCACCGUGUGCCAGUGCCCGGCGGCCGCGCCGCAGUGCGCCCCGGGCGUGGGGCUGGUGCCGGACGGCUGCGGCUGCUGCAAGGUCUGCGCCAAGCAGCUGAACGAGGACUGCAGCCGAUCGCAGCCCUGCGACCACACCAAGGGGCUGGAGUGCAACUUCGGGGCCAGCCCCGCCGCCCUGAAGGGCAUCUGCAGAGCACAGUCCGAGGGAAGACCGUGUGAAUAUAACUCCAAAAUCUACCAGAACGGCGAGAGCUUCCAGCCGAACUGCAAACACCAGUGUACGUGCAUAGAUGGAGCUGUGGGCUGCAUCCCGCUCUGCCCGCAGGAGCUCUCUCUUCCCAACCUGGGCUGCUCCAGCCCCAGGCUGGUCAAAGUCCCCGGGCAGUGCUGCGAGGAGUGGGUCUGUGACGAAAGCAAGGAUGCGCUGGAGGAGCUGGAAGGCUUCUUCAGCAAAGAGUUUGGUCCGGAUGAUUCCGAAGGCGAACUAACCAGGAACAAUGAGCUAAUUGCCAUUGUGAAGGGAGGCCUGAAAAUGCUACCCGUUUUUGGAUCUGAGCCACAAAGCCGAACUUUUGAGAAUCCCAAAUGCAUCGUUCAAACAACCUCUUGGUCCCAGUGCUCAAAGACGUGUGGAACUGGCAUCUCCACAAGGGUGACAAAUGACAAUCCUGACUGCAAGCUCAUCAAAGAGACCAGGAUAUGUGAAGUGAGGCCAUGUGGCCAGCCCAGCUAUGCCUCCCUAAAGAAGGGAAAGAAAUGUACCAAGACAAGGAAGUCCCCCUCCCCGGUGAAGUUCACUUACGCUGGAUGUUCCAGUGUGAAGAAGUACCGCCCCAAGUACUGUGGCUCCUGCGUGGAUGGCAGGUGCUGCACACCCCAGCAGACCAGGACUGUCAAGGUCAGGUUCCGCUGUGACGAUGGGGAAACCUUCACCAAGAGUGUCAUGAUGAUCCAGUCCUGCCGCUGCAACUACAACUGUCCGCACGCAAACGAAGCCUACCCCUACUACAGACUAGUCAACGACAUCCAUAAAUUUAGGGACUAAGUUGUGUUGGGGGUGGGAUGCAAAACAGAAUUUUGAAGUAUCCAGCCGUGGAGAAAGGACCUUUGAUGAAAGUGGUGCCUUGCCCAUUUGAGGGCAACAUCGAGAUGUUACAGGAGUGCACUGUGCAACUGGACACUAAUGCAACAGAGAUUUAAGCAUACUUAAAGCUUCAUAAUACUGGAGCAACUUUACUGCUUCUUUUUGGAGCACCUUAUCUAAUUAUAUACUGUUUUCUGUUUGUAAGUGAUCAGAUUAAUGUUUUGUUUCGGUUAUGAAAACUUUUCUAUCCUGUUCAAUUUAACACUAUGCUUCUCCCCCUCCCCUUCAAUCUUCUCCCACCCUUUCCCAACUAAGUUGGAAGUUACAUUCCUUCCUGAGGUGGGCACUUGUAGGGUGUUCACAGUGGCAGCUAUUAUGUACCAACUGUAGUUUAAAGGCAAACAGAAAUCAGUUGUUUUAAAGCUGAGUAUUUUAUUUAUCAAACUGUAGCUUUUUGUUUGUUUCCUCUGAGUUUUUUUACCCCUUCCAGCCCCUGUAAUA